UUACAGAUUCGCGAUAUUUGGCGGAGGCAGGUUGUAUCUAAUGGCAAGCUUGUUCUGAGGCCAGCAAGACAACGGAAGCAGCCGGCCAAUACGAAGCCGUGUCGGAAUAUCUGGGACGUUCCAGACAGUCCAGCCCCGAGGGUGACCCGACGACGGGGUCGUGACAAUGCCCGCCCCGGGGAGACCGCGACAAGAAUCCGAAGGGAAGCACCCCUCGACGCUUGCGCGGAUCGUGCUGUUCGUGACCUUGGCAGUACCGACAACCAUAUCAGCGACAACGAUACCGAUAACGCCAACGGCGAAGGU